AUGCGCCUACUUCACACUAAGCUCCUCACCUUGGAGAGCUUCACUGAAAGCAAGUCGCAUGGUCUCCUUGUCGGCGCUUUGCGCGAUGUCGUCCCGGAAUAUGCCGUGCCCACCUUCGCGAUCCUCUCUCAUACUUGGGAGGAGGAGGAAGUCGUGUUUGAGGACAUGCAGGGCGACCAGUCACUGGCCCGAUCGAAGGCUGGGUGGGCUAAGAUUAUCAAGAGCUGCGAACUAGCGCGUAGUGAGGGGUACGACUGGAUCUGGAUCGAUACCUGCUGUAUUGAUAAGACGAGCUCUGCGGAGCUAUCCGAGGCGAUCAACUCCAUGUUUCGCUGGUAUCAAAUCUCGGCCGUGUGCUACGCCUACCUAUCUGACGCUACGGGCAGCCAACCAAUCCGAACAGUGGACGACGGUCUGGCGCUAUCGCCGCGCUGGUACUCGCGUGGGUGGACGCUACAGGAACUCAUCGCGCCGCCACAAGUCAAGUUUUACAAUAAACGGUGGGAUUUUGUUGGCACACGCGAGCAGCAUAGGGUGUGCAUCUCUACAGAAUAUGGAGUCGAUGAGUAUGCGCUUAGCGGAGGGGAUAUCUCGAGGAUAAGCAUCGCGCGUCGGAUGGCGUGGAUGUCACGGCGGGAGACCACCAGAAUCGAGGACAUGGCGUACUGUAUGCUGGGCAUCUUUAGCGUCAAUAUGCCUUUGCUGUAUGGGGAGGGAUCGAACGCGUUUAUUAGACUUCAAGAGGAGAUCUUGAAGCUUUCAAAUGACCAGUCUAUUUUUUGUUGGAGACAACAUGCUUCGAUCGACUCCUACCGAGAGGAGUAUGGGGACACUUUUAUGAGGUCAGGCCUGCUUGCGGACUCGCCGCGACUCUUCACGACGUCGAGAAUAGUGUCACAAUUUCAACGCGACAGGCCGGGUCGUCCACACGCGGUGUCAACGAGCAAGGGACUGAUGGUCCAGGUUUUGAUGUGCAAUGAUAAGUGCUACGAGUCGGGCGAGGUGUACCUAGCUGUUCUUGACUGUCCAGUGGGGCAUGUCCCUGGUGUGAUGGCAGGGAUCCGAUUAAAGCGGGUGUCGGACGUGAGCAACAUGUUUGUACGCGUCGACACCCCUCAGAUCUUUCAAUUUGCAAAAUACGACAGCAGCGAGACCUUCAUCGACAUCUCUGGGUUCAAUCCCACUGUUGAACAGGAGGAACUUAUUUGUCUGAGAAUGCGUGAGUCCUACACCCUAACAAGACUCUAG